AUGUCGCUGUGUGAGGACAUGCUGCUCUGCAAUUACCGCAAGUGUCGCAUCAAGCUCUCGGGCUACGCCUGGGUCACCGCCUGCUCACACAUCUUCUGCGACCAGCACGGCAGUGGGGAGUUCAGCCGCUCACCCGCUGUCUGCCCGGCCUGCAACAGCACCCUCUCCGGAAAGCUGGACAUCGUUCGCACAGAGCUCAGCCCGUCCGAAGAGUACAAAGCCAUGGUCCUGGCAGGACUGCGUCCAGAGAUUGUGCUGGAUAUUAGCUCCCGGGCCCUGGCCUUCUGGACCUAUCAGGUACACCAGGAACGUCUCUAUCAAGAAUACAAUUUCAGUAAGGCUGAGGGCCAUCUGAAACAGAUGGAAAAGAUAUAUACUCAGCAGAUACAAAGCAAGGAUGUAGAACUGACCUCUAUGAAAGGGGAGGUCACUUCUAUGAAGAAAGUUCUAGAAGAGUACAAGAAAAAAUUCAGUGAUAUCUCUGAGAAACUUAUGGAGCGGAAUCGACAGUAUCAGAAACUCCAAGGCCUGUAUGAUAGUCUUAGGCUGCGAAAUAUCACCAUAGCUAACCAAGAAGGUAACAUUGAUCCAGCCAUGAUUACACAGUGUGGUGUUUUUGGCUUCCCAGUAGGGAACAACACCAGGUUUCCUUUGGACAACACACCAGUACGAAAUCGGGGUGGUGGAAAUGGAGAUUUUCAGUUCAGACCAUUUUUUGUGGGUUCUCCCACAGAAGCAGAACCCAGCAACAGCUUUUUUAGUUUUGCCUCCCCAAGUCGUGAAUUAGAGCAGCAGCAAGGCUCUAGCAGGGCCUGUAAAGUAAAAAGAAUUUAG